AUUUAAUAUCAUUAGGGGCAAUGCGGCAUGGUCGUCGUGGCAGUCGAGGACGUGGAUGUGUCGCUUAAAAAUUAAACAAAAUGUCAGCGCAUGAAGUGCAAAUAAUGAAAAGCAAAUGAAGAACAGUGGCCGUAAUCAACGCAGCGUAACCGAAAAGCUCCCACUCAGCGGCAACGGCCAACAGACUGAGUAAAACUGAAUGACAACUUGAGCAGCCGCCCGGCCGGACAGGACAUUGUGCCUGCGAGCAGGAGGAAAGUGAGCAACACGAGGAGCAGCAGCCAUGGGCGAUUUACAAGCAACCAUCGAAUUUUCUGUUGAACUACAUAAAUUCUUCAAUGUUGAUUUAUUUCAACGCGGCUUGUACCAGGUGCGUUGUGCUCUGCGUGUCUCACCGCGUCUGCCCGUGCAGGUGGAGACAAGUAUACCGGAAAGCACCGCCUGCUCGGCUCCGUUGCUCGGAGGGGGGGGUGGCAGCAGUGGAACUGGCAGUGGCGGCAUCGGCGUCGGCGUCGGGAGCAAGCAAAAUGGCACAGAACAUGGCAGUGAUAGUGAGCUGGCGGCCCACCAACAACUACAGCAACAGGCAGAUGCGCUGGGCAGCUGUACGUCGGCGUGCAUAAUCAACGGCAGUGGAGCGUCCCGCAUCUUUCAGAUACUGUAUCGGAACGAGGAGGUGGCUCUGCGCGAUGUCAUCCAUUUUCGCAGCCACCUGCUAGUUGACAGUCGACACUUGAAGGAGUCCAUCGAAAGGGCCGAGUUCUCGCUGCAGCUGGAAUUGUGGUUCGGUGAGCAGAAUGGCACAAGCAAUCUGGCGCUGGCCUCCACCCGUACACUGCAGCUCAACUUUCAUCCGGGCCGUGGUCUGCACUACCAUUUACCAGUGCUGUUCGACUAUUUCCACUUGGCAGCCAUUAGUGUGGGCAUACACGCCAGUCUGGUGGCACUACACCAGCCAUACAUUAAUGCUCCGAAGAGCUCGAAGCCUUGGAGCGCCGGAAAGCUGAGCUGUCGCGGUAACACCUCACCGGGUCCGUUGGAAGCGGUCUUUUUUGGACCGCAAAUCGGAGGCACUACGAAAUGUAGUGGUGGCCCCGCUGGAAGGCUUCUCCAGUCGCGUCAAAUACAUCGCGAAAUCUGUUGCCUACUUCUGGGCGCCAUUGAGAACCUGAAGGCAACACUGAACGAAUUCAGCACAGUGCUGCCGCCAAGCAUUAAUAGCCAGAUAGGGUCGCCACCCCUACGCGAAAAUGACACCAACGAAAGACUGCAGCUGUUGAUGGAGCAGGCAAAGUUACACGAUGUGGAAGAGGACUUUGCCAUUCGCGCCAACUCGGACAUUGCCCAGCUCUGCGCCGAGUCCAUCAUGUAUUGGCGUCGUGUUCUGCUCGCCUCGACACAACAAUCGGUUCACACACUGCUUGCUCGCAAGCACCACAUUUUAAGGGUACGCCGAUUCUCGGAGGGCUUUUUUGUGAUGGAGAACCCGCGUCACUCGGCUGCCGGCUGUUAUGAUAGCAACUACCAGAACUAUGUGGCCAUCGCAGAGCUUGCCCGGCGCAGUCGCUACAUGCAAUCGCUGCCGCCGCUGCCUGUUCAUUGCACGCCAAUCGAUGGUGACACGUGUUCGUUGCCGCUAAUUUUCGAGGAUCGCUAUGUGGAGCCCCCAAAUUAUGCGCGACGUCGUUCUGGCAGCGAUCCGCAUCUCAAUGCACAUGACCACCCUGCUGGUGGUACUAAGAAUAAGAGUGUCACCAAUGCAGCUCUAUCACUCGAUAAGACUUACUCCAAUAACAGUCUGAACGGUCAUCAUGCGACCCCUGCAGCGACCACAGCAACUCCGACCCCGACGCCCAAUUCAGUGAAUAAGGAUUGUCUGGCCUGUAACUUCAACUACGAUUACCCACAAAGCAUAAAUGGAAAUGGUCAUGGUCACCCCAAGUGUCUGGUGACUCCUCGCUUUGCACUAGGUGGCGAGAUCCUACAGGCCAGCUUGACCAUCACACCCAGCGCCGUUAUCACCAAGCAAUUACCCUGCGUUACUGACGACAUGGCUCUCUCAACACCAGGACUCCAGAGGCACAAUUUGUCGCGGCACUCGGUGACAGGAUUGCUGGAGGAUUUGGACUGUAUUGCUGGGACCGAUGUCGCGGACUGCACCAUGGGAAGCGGACCGCUGCCCACACGCCACAGCAAGUCAUUAGAUCAAUUGGAUGGCAGCGCAGUGCAAAGCGCACCUUCUUUGCGUCAGGUUCAGACCUUGUGCUACCCACGCAAAGAAACCGCUGCUCUGAUACAGCAGACAUUCGGCGGCUACCGCCAAGUACAUGUUAAUGGAGACACUGCAUCCUCCUACAAAACACUGCCCGCGGGCAUGGUUCGACCCGGCAACAAGGUGCAGGCCGAGGAUUUAAUGCGUAAUCUUACAGAAUUUCGGCAAAAGUACAAGAAUCCCUCUGGCAACGAGAAUGGAGUUGGUCGCUUAGAUUAUCUACAUGAGAUAAAGAUGCUUAAUCCACCCAAGCAGCCCACCUGUACCUAUUACAACUCUCUGCCCAAGAACAUGGCCAAUGGUGUGGUGUUGCCUCGUAACUCAUACCCACCGGUAAUAUCAAAUGGCCAAACGGAUCAGGAGAAGUUAGCGGCACAGACGCCAUUUACAGACCUUCAAUAUACCACCAUGCCACGAAGCAAUUCAUCGCAAGCGCUACGCCAUCAGCAGCAACAUCUGCAAGCUCCGAUUGUCUGCUCCACAAUACCACGUGCCGUAGAAAUUGCACGGGUCCGCGUCUCAGACAUCAAGGAGAUGCUGAAGAAUGGCAGUGGAAAUCUACGCAAGGAAUCAAGCAGCUCGGAGAGCGACAUUCCGGUACAAGUGCGUCAGACCAGCGCCGAACAGAAGCUGCUCUGCUCAAGCAGCGUACCUUAUCGGCUAGAUACGACCACAACAACAACGACUAGCAGUGACCCAAACACCAGUGGCUUCAGUGAGUCUCUGCCCAAUUUGGCACCACCUCCAGAAUUCGACUCGGAUCCACAGCGACGUGUGCGUAGCAAUUCCACCUCAUCGCUCAGCGAGGAGAGCGGCUGGGUAUCAAGUCGACGCAGCUCUUGCGGUCCCUCUAGUCCCGACACUAUUACGAACGAAACAAAGCAGCGUCAACAGACGCAGCUCAGUAUGGGUAUGGAGACAAAGCUGAACGGCGAGCAGUUGCGCCUGAGGCUACAGAACUUGCUGGACCAGCAGCAACAGCUUCAAGCACAUCCUCACAAGUCCAAGAAGCAGCGUCAGUCGGCGGCCUCUAGUGCACAGAGCCGCACGCCCGCCAAGACCCAACCGACGGAUAUGACGGUGCAAAAGAAGGUCUCCUCAGUAACAUUGACUAUCAAGAAAGAGCGUUCGCGCUUUCAGUUGGAUCGUCUGCGUCAGCUACCCAAUGGGGAAUCCACAGAGGUAGAGGAUAUGGAACGACCGCCAAUUCAACGACGCACACGCAACCGGACUAACAACUCAAAGUGCGAAAAAUCAAAGUCAGAUUUUGACAUAACCAGUCUGAAGGAUAUACAACCGUUAGACAACGUUUGUGUGCCACCCCCUCAGCAGUUCCAGGAUCAGGAUGUUCUGCCACCCGAUGAGUUUAGAGACCCGCCACUCGAGCCGACACCUACUCCAAGCAUGCCAGAGCCCACGAAACCCCACAAACAGAAGUCGAUUGGUGUUGAUCCCAGUAAGUUGGUGCUGUCUUUGCCACCAGCUCCUGGUCUGCACCUUGGUCACCAAAUUCAACAAUCGAUACCACCAAAGCCAUCGCAGCCACCACUAAAGGAACUGCAACCGGUGCUGCUCCAACGUCAGCCAGUUGGUGCAAUAGACAAUCCCGUAUACCACAUCUACGAGUCCCUGAAGCCAAUGUCGACACCAGCCAUCUUCAGCAACAAGCCGGUGCUCAAGUCGCAAAGUCUUGCAGAACUGAAGCGCAGCCGGGAUUUGCUGGUCAAUCCACCAAAUCAUCAGUGUCCCAACAGCAAACAUCAACCGCCGCCAAUAGCGCCAGCUCCGCUCAACUCCACAAUCAUAGUGAAUGGAACUUCAACACAUGAGAACGGAAGCAACUGCUUGAACUACCAAGAGACGGAGGAGGAUGAAAAUAAAGAGAAUUCGAAUGGCUUAGUAAAUGGAACGUCUCAACAACAAACGCCGAUGGUGCGCAGCGACAGCCAAAGGUCUAGCAGCUCAAAAUACAAGCGAAAGGCCAAUGAUGCCAAUAUGUCGCUACUUGAAUUUGAGAAAUGCCGCGAGGAGUUUCGCAAGCAGAUCAAAUACACCGGCAGUAUUUAUUCAGAUUUUGUAAAACUCGCCUCCGAGCUGCCUUAUUUCUACAUCAGCGAUGAAUAUCGCGCCUUUUCUCCCAAUGGCAUGCAUUUGAUAAUCUGCGUACAUGGUCUGGAUGGUAACUCGGCAGAUCUAAGACUCGUACGGACAUAUUUGGAGCUGGGCCUGCCAGGCGUCAACCUUGAGUUCCUCAUGUCUGAGCGUAAUCAGGGCGACACCUUUUCCGACUUCGAUACCAUGACCGAUCGGCUUGUCGCCGAAAUAUUAUACCAUAUCGAUAAUUGCGGACUGAAUCCAGCGCGCAUUUCUUUCGUCGCCCACUCCCUCGGCACCAUCAUUGUAAGGAGUGCCCUAGCACGCCCACAAAUGCGUCCUCUACUGCCUCGUCUGCACACCUUCCUCUCGUUGUCUGGUCCUCACUUGGGUACGCUCUACAAUACCAGCGGCUUGGUAAACAUGGGAAUGUGGUUCAUGCAGAAGUGGAAGAAGUCGGGCUCCCUCCUGCAACUCUGUAUGCGGGAUACAACUGACAUACGUAACAGUUUUUUGUAUCGCUUGAGUCAACGGAGCACGCUUCAUCACUUCAAGAAUAUACUCCUAUGCGGUUCCAGUCAGGACCGAUAUGUGCCCGCACACUCAGCACGACUGGAGCUCUGUAAAGCGGCCAUACGCGACAAUUCCAAUCUGGGCACUGUAUACAGGGAAAUGGUACACAAUAUUAUUGCACCCGUGCUAGCACGUCCAGAACUGACGCUGGCCCGCUUUGAUGUUCACCAUGCGCUUCCCCAUACGGCCAAUACGCUAAUCGGACGAGCUGCACAUAUUGCUGUGCUCGAUUCAGAGUUAUUCAUCGAGAAAUUUAUGUUAAUUGCGGGUCUUAAAUAUUUCAGUUAGCAGAACUACGUUCCGGGAACACGGUCUUGCGAUAGCUCAUCAUAGUUAGGACCAUGUCGCGUAACACAAAAACAUUGCUGACUUUUUAAUCGUUACAUGUAUUUAAAACUCGUUUAUAGCCUAACUAUAUGUUGCAUCAUUCAGAUUGGGCGCUCUAGGAAAAGCUCUUCAUCGAAGUUUUACGAAAAAGAUAACACAGGGUACACAUUAAAGUCGUAAUGUCAACAUAUUUUAGCCAAUACUUUAAACUGCAGUCUGUCGGUAAGAAAUACUUUUUCAAAACGGAAUUUAUUCAAGUAAAAUGUUAGACUUGAUUUUAUACAAAUGCGAAAAAUCAAAUAUUUUCUAGAAAAUAACAGUAGUAUCAAAAAACAUCAAAACCAAAGUAACUCGUUGAAUCAAAACUAAAACCAA